AUGGAUUAUAUGAAGGAUGAUCUCAAAGCAGUUAAGGAAAGAGACCCUGCUUGCAUAAGCCAUCUAUGGCUUCAAGGAAGAAAAGUCUUGGCAGUUAUGAUCCAGAACCGAGUUUCCGAGAUUUUCGCGGUUGGUAUUCAUCCCGGUGCUAAGAUUGGAAGCAAAAUUCUGCUUGAUCAUGUAACUGGAUUAGUGGUUGGUGAAAUUGCAGUGAUUGGUAACAAUGUGUCAAUUUUGCAUAGUAUGACUUUGGGUGGAACUGGUAAAGCUUCUGGUGAUAGGCAUCCAAAGAUUGGUGAUGGGGUUUUGAUUGGUGCAGGGACUUGUAUUUUGGGGAACAUUAAGGUUGGUGAAUGUGCUAAGAUUGGUGCUGGUUCUGUGGUGAUUAAGGAUGUUCCUCCUAGGACUACUGUUGUUAGUGAUUUUGUUAUGUUGCUGUUUUGAAUUAAUUUAGGGGUGAUUAUUUGUUAUGCUAUUGUUUUGAAUUAAUUUAGGAGUGAUUAAUGAUUA